GAAAGAAAGAAAGAAAGAUCAAAGCAGACAACUAUGAUUUUGUGCACAUCCCUCUACAGGUUUUCAGUUUCAGAUAUUAAACGUAAUGCGAUGCUAGUGACCACCCCUUUCCGUUGUUACACUGGCUGUUUUGUUAGGGGGUUCAGAUACACCUACUUUCGGAGUGCACUAUCAAGCAGCUUAGUUUAGGGACUUGCCCACCGAAACACCUACCUCUACAGCAUAUAAUAGUAGUGGUCCAGCCGUAUCUCUCACACAUUUCUACUUUCAGCUGUAAGCAGUGGAAUAUGGCAUUCAACACACUGAUUUACCUCGGCAAAAUGCCACACAUGUAGAGGCCAACAGGAAGUAAGAAUGUAUUGGAGAAAACUUCACAGUAAAACAGACGAUAAACAACAGUAAAAUAUGACAAGAGUGGUGCAGAGAGAUAAGUGAAGAUUAAAGAGAAAAUGGUGGAACUGUAACGAAGUUGACACCAAGGAAACAGUUUUACGAACGAGAAAAUAUCCUGGGAAUUAUGUGUUUUUGCCGCUUGUACGGUGCGGUUACAACAGGCUAUAUGAAACAUCAUGUAGUCAUCCUGCAGACGUGGUAUUUUUGUUAGAUUGCUCAGGAAGCCUUAGAAGAGAUGAAUUUUAUGAACAAUUAAAUUUCAUGAGGAAUUUCGUAUCUGAAGCUGAUGUUUCACGAAAUGUCGUCAGAGUUAGUUUAGUGACAUUCUCAACUUAUCCCAGAACGGAAUUCUUUUUAAAAGACUAUCGCACCAAGCGAGAUGUGAUGGCUGCCAUUAGCCGAACACGCUAUCGUGGUGGACGGACUCAUACAUGGACAGCUUUAGAUUAUAUACGUAAAUACUCCUUUUCACCAAAAUUUGGAAGCCGGCCGGGUGUUCCUAAAAUCUUAAUCGUAAUAACUGAUGGAGGCUCUAACGAGAGAUAUAAGACAAUACGGUCUGCAAGAUUGAUGAAAACACGAAAAAUACGAACAUACGCUAUUGGAAUUGGGAAUCAGUUAAAUUAUGAGGAACUGGUAAAUUUAGCCUCAAAGAGUAGUUUCAUAUUUCAUGUUCCGAAUUCCCAUUCAUUGAAAAAGAUCCAAAAUGAUGUUCGAAGAAAUGUAUGUCGCUCAGUCUGUGAUAUUUGGCCUGCCGACAUUGUAUUUCUGUUGGACGAUUCCACCAGUAUAUGGGACAACGAUUAUCAAAAACAACUCACAUUCUUGUCUGAUUUUGUGAAAGAUAUCACUAUUGGUCCAAAGAAAUCACAAAUAAGCGUGGUGACAUUUAGUUCUCGACCAAAGACACAAUUUUGGCUGCGAGACCAUUUGAGUAAAACGGCAGUAUUGAGCGCCAUUAAACAUAUCGAUCGAAUGUAUGGAGACACGUACACAGCCGACGGAUUACGAAUGAUAAGAGAACACAGCUUCUCACCUCGAUACGGCGGUAGAAUUAAAGCUUCACACAUUGUUAUUGUUGUAACAGAUGGCAAAUCAACUAUACCAACAGAAACUGUAAACCAAGCAAAAAAACUACAUGAUACAAAAGCAAUAGUAUUUGCAAUCGGUGUCGGUCGCCGUGUUGACCCAAUAGAACUAAAUAAUAUUGCAAGUGAACGUCAAUUUGUCUUCCAGGUUGACAGCUACGAUGCUCUAACAACGAUUAAAACAAAACUCUCUCAAAAAGUUUGCACACUUUCCAUAACAAGAGUAGGAGAAUGGGAUUAAGAGAAAAUACUUUAAAUUUUAAGUACAAUAAGGUAUUUGAUUUCACACACAAACGUGACAGUUCCAUAAAUUUAGAUAGCUUUCGCAGUUAUUAUGUUUAUAAGAAACCGAAGUGAAACUUGAGUGAAAGUUUUCAAUAUUUGAUACUAAAUUCGUUUAAGGGUUUGAAAAGUCUGAAAAUAUUUAGCACCCAAUUUCACUGAAACGUUUGUCAGAAAUACAAAAAGAGAUUGUCUAGAUGGAGUAGUAACUGAAAAAGUGUUGACAUUCUUUUAAGAGUUUGUAGCAAACUUAUUGAUUAUUUAUUCUCCAACCCCAAAUCCAAAAAAACAUCGCUGAAGUGUAUCUUAUUUUAAAAUACAUUUAAUCACGAUGUGUGAUUUACAUUGAUAAACUAAAAAUGAAUGCUGCAAAAGGUGAAAGUAUUCAAAAGUCAAUACAACUACUAUUACAUUCCGCGAUAUUGCAACAGAAGAACUCAAACAUUAUUUUUCUGUUCUGUUUUUUUUUUCUCUCAUAUUUUCUGGAAAGAAAGUGGUGAAUAUUGAAGAGAUAACAAAUAUACUAUAACACUUCUGUGAUUUAAAUUACCAUUCAUUCGUGACAGGAAGGUAUAUUCAUAAAGUUUUAACAAGGAAUAAGGAAGUUAAUAAUAACUAAUUUAUCAUUGUACUACCAUCACAAUAUCUUACAUAUUAUUGUUAACCUUUUAGUUUUGACUGGAAUUUAGGAUUGUAACAUUAACUAUGGAAUCUGCAGUUGAAUGCCGCAAUGCUUAAAGAAUCUGACAAAAUACUUUCAGGUAGAGGGUAUUCUGUUGUGUUCUUUUACGCUUUGUGUUCGAACUCGCUGAAGUCGGCUUUGCAUUUCAUCCUUCCGAAGUCAAUAAAAUACAUACAAGUCAAGUAUGUUUUUAAUCCAUUGUCCCCUCUCCACAGAAAAUUGUGACUUUGUGCCGCAGUUAAAAAUCAGUACUAAUGAUGGUAAAGAGAAUAUUUUUAAUUGAAAAGUGUUAGCGUAAUCUAAACAGUGUGGAAGUUUUGUAUGGAAAUCUUCGAAUAUUCCUUUUUUUGUUUAGAAUUCGACUGAAUUUUCUUGAGAGAGAAAUAUCAGCACAUUUUCCUAUAAUGAUAAUACCAAUCAAAGGAAAACAAUAAGUGGUUGAAGCUGGAAGAUUCUGUUGCCAACGCUUAAAUUGUGGUUUGGAUGUUUGUUAUCUUUUUCCUGACCGAGGUGACGUUCUUCUGAAAGAAAUCAUUUCACCCAGGUGUCCAAUAUAAAAUGUUCAAAGGAAAAUGAAAGAGAAAAAGAAAGAAAUAUGAACAACAAUGAAAAACGAUUUGUUAAUAUAUGCAGUACAGACGUUAAAAUUCACAAAUUUAUUGUUGAAAUUUAAAAAAAAUAUAUAACCAGAAAUAUUUUAUCAUGAGUUACUUCAGAUCGUUUUUUCAUUAGCAAAUACCUUUUGUCAGCUUCUGGAAAGUUAGUUGGAGAAACGGUGUUUUUUUUCCCCACCAUUUGUGAUAGAUUGAGGACUGAGACGAGGGAUGGUGAAAAGAGACUGAACUAAACAAUACAAAAGUACCAAUAAAAACUUACUAAUUUUACUCCAAAUCCCAUUCAUUUUGUAAAACAAUUUCGAGUAAACUAGUAUUUUCUGUAAUUUAUAUUUGAUACCAAUUUGAUAAUAAAAUGCGAAAAAGAAU